AUAAACGAAUCCCUCAAUUCUGUGAAUUCCUCCUUCUGCUUCGUCUUUUUCUCGAAUUCUUUUUCUUUUUUGAUUUUUUUCCCAAAAAGAAUGGAAAACGGUAAAGCCGACAACAACAACCCUGCAAACCAGGGAGAAAACCCUACCAAUAAUACUGUGAUUAAUGAUAUCAGUACUAAUGCUAAUAAUAACGAUGAAGGGCGGGCCGCCGGCGGCGGUUCACGGCGGCGGACUCCGUUCACCACCCUUAGUCAGGAGGAAGCUGAUCUUGCCCUCGCUCGGACCCUUCAAGAACAGGAGAGAGCUUAUAUGAUGUUAAGAAUGAAUGUUGGAGAUGGAAGUGAUUAUGGAAGCUGGGAAACCGGGAGUUAUGGACAUGGGGAUGAGGACGAUGAUGAUUUUGAUGAUCAUAGUGAAGAAGAGCUCGAAGGUAGCGAGCUAGAGGAGGAUGACAACGAAGAAGAGGAAGAUGCAUUUGAUGUCAAUGCGCGUGCGGAAGAAGAUGCAGAUGAUAACCAGAAUGUUGAAAUUGACCCAUCUGCUUACUCAAGUGAUGAAGCCUAUGCUCGAGCACUACAAGAAGCAGAGGAAAGGGAGAUGGCUGCUAGAUUGCUAGCAAUGGCUGGGAUUAGUGAAAUGGUGGUGGGUGAUGAGGAUGACGACGAUGAGGAAGAUCCUGAAGAAGACCUCGGUGGUGAUUCUCAGGAUGCAUGGGAAGAGGUUGAUCCUGAUGAGCUAUCGUAUGAGGAGCUGAUUGCAUUAGGUGAGGUCGUCGGAACAGAGAGCAGGGGUCUUUCUGCUGAUACUAUUGCCUCCUUGCCAUCAGUUAAUUAUAAGGCCCAGCCCGGGCAAGAUGGAAUCUGUGAUUCGUAAGUAUAGCAUGGCCUUAUAUUACUUAUAGCCGUUAAUUGAUUCUUGUAAUGACAAAUAGAAUCCCCCAUAUUCUGGUCAAAUUUGCAAUGCCAUUCUCUUCUAUUUGCCAGCGGUGAUGUCCUUUAAAUGGCUAUUUGGCUAGAAAGCAUCUCUCACUACUGUUUCUUUUUAGUUGGAUAGAUGGUACUCCCUCCAUUCUAAAUUAAGUGUCAUUAGACAAAUUAGGCCGUAUAAGGAACCCGUAAGUAUGGUACCUAAAUUACUAAAUUAUCCUUAACCUAACCUGAUAAAAAAACAAACGUCGUUAAUGCUAUUUCUAUUUGGGAGUAAUUUUGGAAAUUUGUGUGUAAAGAUUCAUUGGUAACGAAAACACUUAUUUUGGAUUUUUACAAUUUCCCUCCAUCAACCCUUAAAUCAGAAUGGAGGGAGUAAUUGGUAUCGGAAGUUAGGGCCAGGAGAUUGAAUAUUUUACUGAAAUAUUUGUGACUAUGUACGGCAGAUAAAAGGAGCAAAUUAAGAGUAAUUUGUAUUAUGACUAAGAGAAAAUCCGAGAAAAUAAUAAGUCAGAAGUGAGAGGUUUUUGGAUGGAUGAUGGAAUAACUUUUUCUUUUGGUUAUUACUUGAACAUCAAAAUUUCUGUUGUUGCAGGUGUGUAAUUUGUAGAUUGGACUAUGAUGAAGGUGAUGCAUUGACAGUGCUUUCGUGCAAACAUAACUACCAUUCAGAGUGUCUAAACAAUUGGUUGCGGAUAAACAAGGUAUGUGCUGUAUCUAAUUGCUCGUUACUGAGCAUUCUACCCCGAACUGGUUAUGUGGGUGGCUUAAUAUUUGGAAUUGAGAAUUCCUUCCCCCCGGGCCCUUCUAUUAAGCAAACUUCUGUGUGUUGCUCAGUUUCAACUUCCUUUCCAUUAAGCAAUUAUUGGCUUUGAUACAGAAUUGAAAAGAAGCCUCUUUUACACAGGGCCAUGCUGAAGCAUCUCAUGUUUAUAUGGCAUUUCUCAUUGUUUAAUCUUGGGGUUGCCACUUUUAUGUCCUUUUGCAUUAACAACCCCCCCUUCUUUCAGUUUCCUGAGCAAACUCACAACUUCUCUCUUGAGUCUGUUUUGAUGGUAAAUCUGAUUUGUUCAAUGUCUGUUUCUAUGCAGAUCUGCCCAGUCUGCAGCGCCGAAGUCUCUACUUCUGGAAGCAGUUAGCUAGAAAUUAGUAAAGCACAUUUCUGAUGGAAGAUUAAAGUUAUGAACUGCUGGCACUUAAGAAACAUAGAUGCAAGCUUGAAGUUCAAUGAGUCCUCAAAGCUUGCUUUUAUAUCCAUUCCUAAAACAUAUGCACCUUGAUGGUGGGAAAUAUGUUGUAUCUGCUGUUGUAUCCAUUUAUAUCUGCUAAUAUAUUAGUCAUUUUCAUUUCGAUGUAGUACCUUUUAUUAUUUCUUUCAAUAUACCCCUUUUGACAUUUAUUUACAUCAAGUUUUCUCCAACUACAUUUCCUUACUCUUCGUUCGGGCCUCAUUUAUAAUGGAUUCUAUAAUCCCAAAGAUAACUAAUAUGGAUUAUGCAUCACAUCAAUAUGGAUAACCAAUAGGUUUCAGGAAAAUUCAACUACAAAUGGACAGUUCCAAACGACGUCAGGAGCUUAAAGGACGAAGAUGAUCCCCCCCUAGUCUUCAGCAACCUCCUGCCGAGAAUCAGAUGCCUUCUCAACCAGCAAUGGCUUGUAGGUAUUUUGCACAUAAAACCGGAGGGAAACGAGGUAGUGGAUUCCUUAGCGAAACUAGGACUAUCUUGUAAUCUGGGUGUGCAUAUUUUAUCAACUCUCCCAGAUAUAGUAUUAGCAAAAUUAUCUUUUGACUGUCCUCCACCUCGAAGCGGCAUGUUGUAGAUCUUAAGCAUAUGCUUCCCUAGUAUAUAUAUAUAUAUAUAUAUAUAU